AUGUUCCGGCUUCUGACCUCCUGCUGGUCUCGUCUAAAGACAACUGAAGAGACCCAAAGACAUGUAGCCAUCAUCACCAUUGGACUGGACAACUCAGGCAAAACUGUUCUUGUGGAGGCGUUCCAGAGAGAACUGCCUAGUAGGAGUAAGAUGGACAGUUGUUCAAACUCUGAACUAACCACACUCCUGGUGGAUAAUUAUGAAGUUUCCGUCUAUGACCUGAAAGGAGACAUGCAGGGCUGCGAAAUCUGGCCAAACGACUAUGCUCAGGCACAUGGGCUUGUUUUUGUCCCGGAUUCCAGCGACUUGGAGCACAUGCAGGAAGUGAAGGUCAUCUUACCCAACCUGCUGUCUGAUGAAAGAGUGGCUGGGAAACCCAUCCUACUCCUGGCCAAUAAGCAGGAUAAGACAGAUGCUCUGCCGCCUGGUGAUAUCACUGAGUAUCUGCUGCUGGAGAGACUAAUGAAUGAGAACAAGUCUCCGUGCCGAGUGGAACCUGUUCAGUCAUCAAAGACCUCCAAAGAAGGAGCCAUCAACCUAUAG